GUACUUGAUCCGCGUUAUAAAGAUCAUUACUUGGAUGUGGGAAUAAAGCAGCGUGCGCGAGAAAUGAUCCAAGCCGCAAUGGAUGCGGAGAACCCGCGUGGAGAUGGAGACGCACACAGCGCAGGAGAGGGAGAGCAGAGCGCAGAAAAAAGGACUCGUUUCUCUGCACCCUCUUUGUCUGAUAUGUUCUAUGAGAUCCUGCAAGAGAGUGCCCCAAAUAAUAGACAGAUGACAAGCUCAACCGCUCAACAGUUAGAUGGUUAUCUGUCUGAAGCCCCCAUCCCCAGAAGUGAUAACCCUCUUGCCUACCGGAGAAAUAACCAAGGCCACUUUUCUGACCUGGCAAAGAUGGCACACAAGGACUUGUCUGCUCCGUGCACAAGCACUGACAGUGAGAGACUGUUCAGUGCAGCAGCUCAUGUUCUUGAUGAGAAGAGGAACAGACUUCACUGUGAUAAAGCAGAGAAGCUACUCUUCAUCAAGAAAAACCUGCCACUUUACCUCAAGAAGUAGAAUGGGCUUGUGUCUAGUGUUUAAAUAUUUGUUUUCCACUUUACACAUCUGCAAUUCUUGGUGCAUUUGUUG